AUGGACGGCGGCCGCGAGCAGCCCCGGGACCCCAGGGGCGAAGGCGGAGAUGUGGGGAGCCUGUCCUCGGGGCCGUCCGGGACCAAGGCCAUCUCUGGCCCCCAUUCCCCGGCCGAACCGCCGGGGCCGCGGCCGCAGCCGGAGCCGGAGCCGGAGCCGCGGCCGGAGCCGGGGCCGCAGCCGGAGCCACAGCCGCAGCCGGAGCCGGGGCCGCAGCCGGAGCCGGAGCCGGGGACCGUAGAGGUUUCCGAAGGAGGCGCCGCCGAGCACGAGUCCGCCGAGCCCGCCGAGCCCGCCGAGCCCCGGGAGCCGCCGGCUGCCACCGAGGCUGCGGGCGAGGCGGGGCCCGGGGAGUCGGGGGAGCCGGCCGAGGCUGAGGCCGAACCGGAGCCGGGGGAGCCCGGGGAGCCGGCCGACACCGGGCCUGAGGACACAGCCCAGCCGGGGCCCGAAGGCGGGCCCGCGGAGCCCGAGGAGCGGGCGGCGGAGGCGGAGGACACGGGGGAGGAGGCGGCAGCACCGGCGGUGGAGGGGAGGAGGAAGGAAGCCACCUGGGCCGUGUCUCCGCCGCUGUCCACCGCCGGCCGGGAAGAGGCUGAGCGAGACGGGGAGGAGGAGGGGGAGGAGAGCCAGGAAAUCGAGGAGAGGGGCGAGCGAGGAAGCCCGGAGAAAGACAAGGAAAAGCAGAGCGGUGAGGCUGUGGACGAGGAUGAUGGGUGGACCGAGGACAUGCAGAGGCUGCAGGAAGAGCAGCUGCGCGCUGAGCUCCUGGAGCAGUACCAGACGCUGCUGAUGGAGCGCAGCAGCUACCAGCGCUACAACCUGUACCUGCAGCACAAGAUCUCUGAGGCGCUGCGCAAGAAGAAGGGUCUGGAAGCAGCCGAGGUGCCCGACAAGGGCCCGGAGCCAGAGGCCCCAGAGAAAGAGCAAGCCUACCUCCACCAUCUGGCCAUGCUGGAGGAGCUGAAGAAGCAGGGCACAGACGACCUGGACUGGUAUCACCAGGAGCUGAGCCAGCUGAAGGAGCAGUGCAGGGAGGAGCUCUCCAGGGUGGAGAAGGAGUGGCGAGGCUUCCAGGCGCUCAAGAAGCAGGUGGUGAUGCAGGCCAUGGGCAGCUGUCGGAUGCGUGGCGGUCGCCAGGCGGCUCUGCGGGAGGUGGAGCAGAUCCAGGCGCUGGAGGAUAAGAAGGAGAAGGAGAUGAGUGCUGUGCGACUAGAGAACGUGCAGCUGAAGCAGAGCCUGAUGCAUUUUGAAACCCGGAUGAGGGCCCAGGAGGACUUGACGGAGGGUCUGCUCCUCAUUGAUUUUGAGCAGCUUAAGAUUGAGAACCAGACCUUCAAUGAAAAAGUCGAGGAGCGAAAUGAGGAACUUUUAAAACUGCACAACAAGGUGACCAACAAUGUGCAAAUAAUAACCCACGUGAAGGAGAAGUUACAUUUUGUGGAUGUAGAAAACGCAUGCAAGAAGACACAGCUUUUGGAAAUUGAGGCCCGGGUGGCCCUGAGGAGGGACAUCCUGACCAGGACCAAGCAAGCCCGGGACUGCCUGCGGGUUGACAACACCAAGCUGAACCAGAAAUGUGGGCUUCUGGGCAAGGAGCUGCUCCUUCGGGACAUGGAAGAGAAGGUGGACAAGACGGAACUGCUCAAGCAGCGUUUAGAGUCCCUGAAACGCCGUCACGCAGGGCUUACUAUGUCCUGCAGGGGCGUGAAGCAGAAGAUCAGGGAAGCCAAAGCCUUUCUCCCAUCUUAACACUGACGAUGGGAGAGUCCCCAGAACAUCUUUGAUCUCAGCAACUUUUAUCCUGAGUUAACUUUUAUUCUCCAUGUAUGGCCCUUCUUUAAAAGGCCUGUGAUCCUGGGACUGGAGCUAUAUUUUGCAUUAAUCUCAUCAUUUUCAACCUCUAAAUGAGUCCCGAACAAAACUGGGUUAGUAAUCGGUUUUACGUGGGGUUGAGUAAAAUGUAAAAUAGGUCCAGAGAAACAACAGGGAUGACUUCAUGGACCUGGCUGCUCAUAAAAAGCUAUCAGAAGCCUUUUUGUAUCUGAGCAAUUCCAUAAUCUCAAGGACCUGAUCCUGAGGAAAAUUGUUCCUCUUCCAUAUGUCAGAGGGUUCUACAAAUGGGCAGGGGACCAAGAAAGUUCCUGUGCAUUAAGUGAAUUAUUAAAGCCCCUUUGAAUUCAUUAAUGUAGUCCUGAGUCGCAUCCUCAACUCAAAGCUCGCUAAUUUCCUCAGAUGAAUCUAACGUAUGUAAGCAGCACCAGCUUUGAGGUAAUGAACAGGAUGAGGCAGACAGGAGAAAUGAUAACUAGGAAAAGGAGCUGAGGUUCAUCUUUCCUUUUUCCAGGAGAGGAGGCUCGGUCGGCUUGACCGUAAACGUUUGUUUCUGGCUCGACGACCAUCUGCGAUUCUAAUGAAACGUUUUCUUGGAUCUUCUAAAGAGACGCAUUUAUCUAUACAAAAACAUGACAUUUUGUUUUCCAAUGAAGACAAAAUGAUAAUUGUAUAGUGUUUGGUCAGGUGCAAAAUAUGCAGAGUAGUGACUGUUGACUGUAAGCCUUUUGUUCCGGGCAAGAUUUUUUUGGACCUUGGCAACAGGACCGCACUCCGCACAUGAUUUUACUCUGUAUCAAAUAUUAAAAUGUCUGUUAUUCCUUGU